AUGCGCUCGCUCAGUCUCGCCAGUGGCGCUGCCGCUACGCUGCUGUCGGGCCUAGUGUCAGCAGCAGCGACAGGAGCGGUUCCUCGCUCCAACAAUCCGCCGCACUAUAUUGCCACAGAAUCACGCGCUAAUUCGGUCCGGGAAGCGUUUCUGGUGUCCUGGGAAGGAUAUGAAGAGUAUGCGUUGCCGCAUGACACUUUGAAGCCAGUGUCGGACGAGUUUGAAGACGACAGAAAUGGGUGGGGCGCCAGCGCGGUAGACGCCCUCAGCACGGCGUUGGUCAUGAGGGAAUGGGAUGUCGUAGUUUCGAUUAUAGACCAUGUCGAGUCCAUCGAUUUCAGCACCACCAAGACGGAGGUGUCGUUGUUUGAGACGACAAUCCGGUACCUCGGUGGCCUGCUUUCCGCCUACGACCUCCUGGACGGUCCUCUAGCGGACGAACUGCCCAGCAACUAUUCUAGCUCCGUUCCAGACAUCCUGAAACAGGCCCAACGCUUGGCCGACAACCUCAAAUUCGCCUUCGACACCCCCAGCGGGAUCCCCGACAACAGCCUCUUCUUCGAUCCUCCCCGCCGAGGCGGAUCCGAGACCAACGGGCUGGCCACCAUCGGCACGCUCGUGCUCGAGUGGACACGGCUCAGCGACAUCACCGGCGACAACACGUACGCCGAGCUAGCCCAAAAGGCCGAGGGCUACCUCCUGGACCCGCAACCCAAGGACAUCGCGGAGCCGUUCCCCGGUCUGCUAGGCGGCAACGUACGUAUCGACAACGGCACGUUCACGGAUGGAAACGGCGGCUGGGGCGGCGGCACGGACAGUUUCUACGAGUACCUCAUCAAGAUGUACCUGUACGACAAGGACCGGUUCGGCGACUACCGCGACCGCUGGAUCGCCGCAGUCGACUCUUCGAUCGAGAACCUCGCCUCGCACCCGACUUCCAACCCAGACCUGACCUUCCUAGCCGAAUGGAGGGGCAAGACGCUCCAGUUCUCUUCCCAACACCUCGCCUGCUUCCACGGCGGCAACUUCAUCCUCGGCGGCUUGACACUCGACGAGCCCAAGUAUGUCGAGUUCGGCCUGCGGCUCGUCGACGCCUGCCGUGUCACCUACGCCGAGACGCUCACCGGGAUCGGACCGGAGGUGUUUGGUUGGCAGGACAACAAGCUACCGCCCGAUGCGGAGAACAACCCGCCCGCGCCGGACGGACAGGCGGCUUUCUACGAGGCUUCGGGAUUCUGGAUCAAGAGCGCUAAUUAUGUGCUGCGUCCUGAGGUGAUUGAAAGUUAUUACUACGCCUACCGCGCCACGGGGGAUGUCAAGUACCAGGAUUGGGCGUGGGAGGCGUUUGAGAACAUCAACAAGACGUGCCGGGCGGGGAGUGGGUAUUCGAGUGUGAAGAAUGUGAAUGAGAAGGAUGGUGGUGGGUUUGAUGAUUUCCAGGAGAGUUUCUGGUUUGCAGAGGUGUUGAAGUACAGUUUCUUGAUCCAUAAUCCGGAUGAACCGUGGCAGGUUAAGGCGGACCAUACAAACGAGUUUGUGUUCAACACCGAGGCUCACCCGAUACGCAUCUUUGGAGGGCAAGAGACGCGGGUGGGUUGA